GUGGCACUUCAACUCUCUCUCCGGUCCCUUUUUCCUUCUUUCUACAGUGUACCACACUUUGCCCUUCUCUCUGUUUCUGUUUCUGGCUAAUUAGUAGCACACUAAAUAACACACAUGAAUCUGGUCCCUACCCCCCUCUGCAUUUUACCUGCAAACAAAGAAUCCAAAAAAACGUUGUAGCAGACGUUUGACGACCAACGUGGACUCUCUGCACCUGCUGACUAGUAUUUCGCCAUUUUAUUAGCUUAUAAAGAGCUAACAGACAAUACUACAAAACCCAAAGCUCUCUCCCCUAAGUUCUUCCUCCCAUUCAAACCUUCUAUUAUUAUUACAUAUCCCUUUCAACUUACUAUUCCCUCUCCUACCUAUCGCUUUCUCCCCUCCCUUUCAUCUCAUGCUAAUUGUUCUAUAAACACUGCGUUGCCUCUUCCUUUAUAUCUCAAAGGCGAGGAAGUAGAAACUGAGAGGAAAAAUGAUGCAUCGUUGCAGUAGCAGUUGUCAUGGAAGUAUGGUGGGUCCAUGUUCAUGUGGUCUGUUUCACAGUCAAAGCAAUGUUACUACUACUACUUCUUCUGCUUUCUCAAUGCUCUUCUCCCAUAACCCUAGUGCUUUUGAUCAUGAAUAUUCGGAAAACAUGUACUCUUUUGCUCCUUCUUCUUCAUCUGUGGAUUGCACUCUCUCCUUAGGGACGCCUUCCACUCGCCUUACUAAUGAGAUUAGUGAAAAGAGGGUAGUUCAGUCUCAUGAACGUCGCUCUUCCUACAUGCCUAACUUCUGCUGGGAUAUUCUUCAGCCAAAACAACAUACUCCAUCGCCGCCUUCUUCCGCACACAAAUCCACUCGUGGCGGUAGCAAUGGUAGUAACACCAACUCUGCUGACCCCCUUGUUGCUCGCCGCUGCGCUAACUGUGAUACCACUUCAACUCCGCUUUGGAGAAAUGGUCCUAGAGGCCCUAAGUCACUUUGCAAUGCAUGUGGAAUUCGAUUCAAGAAGGAAGAGAGAAGAGCAAGUGCAGCAGCAGCCACCGCUAACGGUGGAAGAGGAGGAGGAGGAGGAGGAAUGGACACACAACACAUGAUAAACAGUACUGCUUCAUGGGUUCACCAUUCACAACCCCCAAAAAUGCCUUAUUUCUCUUCAGCUGCCUAUGGAAACGAAUUCAGGUUCAUAGAAGAUGAUGACCGUGAUUCUGAUGCCACCGCCAUUCCUUUCCUUCCUUGGCGUCUCAAUGUUGCUGAUAGGCCUAGUCUUGUUCGUGACUUCACUAGAUAAGGAAAAAAAAAUUAAAAAUAGGAUGAAUGUUUCAAGCAGCGUUUAAAUUUCACGAAAAGAAGAAAAAAAAAAUGGAAGCCCCCCAUUACGUGUCAUGAUGAUGGUGAUGGUGGCGAUAUGACGGCUACGGUUCAAGAAAUUCUUUUGCUUUCAGCUGUUUUCUUUUUGGUCCAUCUUUCACAGAGAUGGAGUGAAAAUGAGUUAAUUCUCUGUUUUUGUUUGUUGGCUUUGCCUCCUUUUGGUAGUAGUUACGUUAUUCUAGUAUCUUUAACUUUUCACUUUGAUGAUGAUCAGUCAAUAUAUAUACUAAGCAGUGGCACCACUUUUUUCUGUUAGUCCUCGUCACACAUAUAUAGUAUUACUUUCUUGAAUAUGAUGGUCGACCAGCAGUGUUCUCUUUA